CAUCGACUUGCGCAUUCAUUGUACUACACAGAUCAGACCUUUCCACCCGGAAAGUCAUCGCCAAUUUAGCCGCAAGUAUCCCGAUAUCAAUUACAGAGGACAUACCUUGAAGGUUGACCGACCUUCAGAAUAGCCCGAACAUUCAUCAUGCGCCUCCCAUAUGUUGCAAACCCCCCGGAGACGAGCGAUGCUGAGGAAGCUGAGAUCCUAGCACAAACGCAAGCCCGACGUGCCCCCGGAACGCUGCUACCUCUGGACUUGGCACUGAUGCACUCGUUUCCAGUCACGGAUGGCUGGAAUUCAUUCAUGGGCGCCCUUCGCACGAGGACGAGUCUCUCGACCAUUAUCCGUGAGCUGAUCAUGUGUCGUGUGGCUGUCCUCAAUGAUGCCUUAUUCGAGUGGGAGCAGCACGCUCCGUUGCUGAAGGCAGGAGGAUUCAGUGACGAAGCGCUAGAGCUGAUUCGGCAACCAGGCAUCUGUCCAGAGGCACAGAAAAGGGCGCUCAGCAGGGAGGAAAGCGUGGUGCUGAAGUAUACGGACGCUAUGACCAAGACGGUCAAGGUGCCGGAGGAGAUCUUCCAGGAGGUCAAGGAGUGUUUCGAUCAUAAACAGGUGGUGGAAAUUACGGCGACGGUAGCGGCCUACAACGGUGUUAGUCGCUUUUUGGUUGCAUUGGAUGUGGGAGAGAGGAAUCAUGCUAAAUGCUGGCAUGUCUAAUUGAAUGGUAUCUCUAUAGAUCUUUAAUUUUCGGCAGCUGGAUCUUCCAUCUUCGACACAAUGCCGGGGGGUGAUUAAACAUGUAUUGUCAGUUUUGUUCGGUGUUGUUGCUCCGAGGAGUAUGUUUUACGAGUAUCACAUAAGUACAAAGUGAAUAUAGUCGAUU